AUGGUGUUCACCUCACCUUGUGCCCCUACUCCCUCACCAACCAAGCCAGUUCAUGAAUGGAUGUUCGACUACUUGAAGAAAAACCAAGAAGAACGACCAGAUCAGCCAAUGUUUAUCGACUACUACACCAAAGAAGAAACAUACCCCCAAGACAUUAUUGACCGUACUAAAAUACUAGCCAAAUUUUUGGUUUCUAGAAACUUUAACAAAGGCGAUAGCAUAAUGGCAGCAGUUGAAAAUGGCUGGGAAUAUAUUUGUAUGAAUUUGGCCACAGCUGCGAUUGGUGGCGCUAUUAGUGGUGCUAAUGUGGCUUAUACUGAACGUAAGAUACAUUCUAAUCAAAUUUAUAAAAAAAGCCUUUUUUACGUUGCAAGUUAAAGUCAAAAUUGCAAACUUGAAUUAUUGAAAUAAAAUUCCGUAUUUUACAAUAAUUUUUAAGAUGAACUUACGCAUCAAGCUCGUCUGUCAUCAUGUAAAAUCGUACUAUGCCAAGACUAUGUAGUUCAAAAAAUACUCAAUAUACUAGACGACUGUCCUGAUAUACACGUAAGUCAGCUUUAAAACCAAAAAGACUAGUAUUCAAAAAAUAUCAAAUUUUACCUUAAAAAUUUUAGACAAUCGUCCAGAUUGGUAAAAACGUCCCCAAAACCAACAAAAACGUCACCCUAAUUUCAAUACAUGCCAUAAUAGCCGACGAAACAUAUAUCAACGACAAUGAUCUCCCCCAAGUCAAUAUAAACCUAACAGAAGACGUAUUUUCCCUGCCAACAUCAAGUGGUACUACUGGUCUACCUAAAGGUGUCAAACUGACACAUUAUGCCAACGUGUUUGCCGUUGAAAACUUUGGUCGGUUCUUGACUGAAGAAGUAGGAAAGAAGAUAGAAAAAGACUGGGAUUGGAGGAAUGAAACCUGUUUGCUGGCACUGCCAAUGGGAUUUGGCUAUGGACAAUGUGUUGCCAGUUGUUGUAUGAUGAAUGGUACUAGAGGCAUUAUGAUUAAAGGCGCAAAUACUAAAGAUGUUGCUGAUGCUAUCGAUAAGUAUAAUGUGAGUUUUGCUUUGUACUACUCAACCAUUUUAGGUCUCCAUCUACUUCAUGGCUCCGAUGAUGCUAAUCGGUCUACUGCAUCACAAAAAACAGAAUCCAGACAGUUUGAAGAGUUUAAAAAUUGUUGUAUCAGCCGGUGGUCCAAUAAAAGAACAAGUAGCUACUGCCAUUGAAAAAUACUUUUACUAUGUCCCAUUCGUUGGUCAACUCUAUGGUACUACCGAAACAAUGUGCAUAGCAUCUCAUGACGCUAGGGAUAAGAAUCCCUUGGCUUCUGUGGGGAGACUUAUGCCAAAUGUGGAGCUUAGGGUAAGAUGCUUUAUAAAGACCAUAAAUAUUUGUCUUGCCUAGCAAUAUGAAGGUCCUACAGCAAUAUAAAGGCGUUCUUUGGCCAAAAAUAAAGUAAAAACUAAAAAAAAUAUUAAAAAACAUAACUAAAAAGCCUUUUUUACCUCCGACUAUCCUGUUUUCUAAAAAUUUACUUCAAAAACAUACAUAAAUGUAUAAAUCAUACCUAAAAUUCCAGAUAAUCGACUCCAACACCAAUACCGAAUUAGGCAUCAACGAACCAGGCGACAUUCAAGUAAAAGUGUCGAGCUCUGCUCCAGGUUAUAUCAACAAUCCUGAAGCCAACAAAGAGUUGUACACUUCGGAUGGCUUCCUUGAUAUCGGAGAUGUCGGCUACAUUGAUGAGAAAGGCUUUCUAUACCUGGUUGAUCGUAAAAAGGAGAUGCUCAAAGUUGGUGGACGUCAAGCUUCGCCUUCUGAACUCGAAGAUAUUCUAAUGACGCAUCCUUUGGUUCAGGAUUGUGCCAUUGUUGGUAUGCCUGAUCCAUUGACUGAUCAGAGAAUUACUGGCUUUGUUGUUAGAAGAGAUCAUAGUUUGACUGAAGAGGAGUGCUUGAAGUUGGUUAAUUGUAAGUUGUACGAAAAGUUUAGUGAGGCAUAUGAAGGCUAUCUCAAUUCUAAGCAAGACAUUUCAUAGAUUUGAGACCAGCCAUUUCAUAAAGCAAACAAAUUUAUAUGCCAAUAUAAAGGUAGAUGAAUAGUCAAAGAACUUACGUUGUUCAGAAAAAUGUCCACAUAAGAAAAACAAACAGUUGAUAUCCAGCUUAAUCAAUUGCUUUCAUUAUGACAGUCUUUAUAACUAAGGUACGAUCAAGAACAACAGAAAAAGUAACAGAACAUAUAACAUGACGAACAUUUUGCAGCAAACACGGCAGAAAUUUUACUUUUCAACCCAUUGAAUUAAAAUUUUGAUAAUUUUUAACAACCUUUAAAAUUUUUACUUCAGUGUUUAGUACAAAACUUCAUACCUAAUAUUUUACUAAUUUUCAGCCAAAGUAAGCGAGUUCAAGCAAAUCACUGGCGGAAUCCACUUUAUGGACGCCAUUCCUCGAAAUGCAAAUGGAAAAAUUUUAAGACGAAAAAUUAAAGAAAACUUCGUUGAAAUUGCAACCAAAUGA